ACGUCGCUCGCGUGCGAUCGCAUAAAUACGCGUGUUAUCGCUGCCGACCGCUUACUCUGCACCUGCACUCCGCUUCGGUAGCACGCAUUCUCUAGUUUCUUAUCUCGUCAUAUCAUCUACAGACAUGCCGACCGAUUGUGGUGCCACCAAGAAGAAGUACGCCAUGGACGGCGUCAACCUUCUUCUCGCUCAGCACCUCAUCGACGUGGAGCUCUACAAGCAAGGUGAAGCGGACUCUGGUAUCUCCAGCGAGGCCAUGUCUGCGGUAACGUCGUAUAUCAACGACUGCUACCAGCGCAUCGCCGCCGGAGCGUCUGGUCCAGCUCACAACAAGAAGAGGCCCACCGUCGCUUCGGCCUCGAAGGCAGCGCAGUCUUCCGUCAGGUCGCUGAUGGCCGCCGACGAGCCCGCCAAGCACGUCGCCAGGAAGCGCGCCAGAGCCGUCGCCAAGCCGAGUCACCCUGAGGCGAUCAACAAAGCCAUCAGGGAGAUGAAGUAUGGCACGGGUAAAGGCUCCUCUCUCGAUGCGAUAGAGACGUACAUCGGCGCGCAGUACAAGGUCGACGCUGAGAUGCUGGCUCCUUUGACGACUUCGUCGGGCGCCAAGCCUGACGCCUCUGCGGCCGGUGCCAAGAGAAAGGCGUCGUCCGCGGCAGCUCCGGGACCACCUGCGAAGAUGGCGAAAUCAUCAAUCGCCAAGGGCAAGAAGGCCGCCGCUGCCGACAAGUAAGUCCCUUGCAUCGUCGUCUGACGAUGCACACAAAAAAGCCCUUUUCAGGGCUAACAAUUUUGUCAUGAAUAUUUUACAAAUAUUCGUUUCUUUAUAACACCGAGUCAAAAACCAAAACGUUAAUUUGAUCACCUACUCGAUCACGUUGACGAUUAUUACUUCAAUUUGCAUGGGAUCUUAAAAGUUUCUUAAGCACGAAUUUUAUUGUGGUGUCAUUCAGCGGCACAUGGACAGGACAGCCAGUUCGACAACAUUCGAGCUGUUGUGAAUUUCAGACCGAAUUCGAAUUUCGUCUUCUGCUAAACAUGUCAAAUCUAUCAGGACUUUAACGACUGAGUUUUUUUAUUUUCAAAGUUUGCACGCAACAGUGUACCUAACGGAUUACUAUUGGUUCGUGGUCGCUUUCGAGUCAAUUAUUCGCGAUGGUUAGGUGUACUAUUCACGAAACGUCGCCGUGCGUACGUGCGACAGGUCACGCAGGCGGUAUACGGUGAUGCCGCGUACGUGACGUACGUACCUUAGCUCACGUAACGCAUGAAGCCGCUGCCAAAAAGUGAGCCUCACCCCCGUCACAGCUGCUUGCUACGAAGGAUUCUCUCACCGCUCCUUCUGUCGAUGUUCCAUCGCUGAAAUUGUGAAGCUCUAACCAACCCGUUGUUCAGCUAAAUCAAUGGCUAACACCGAAUGGGCUGACUAUUCUUAAAUCUUAUUGCUUUCACUAAUGGAGAGAUCAGCUUUGCUCCUCGCGAAAAACAAAUAUUUUUAAAAUAAUCGUUUCUUUAUAAGGGCUUUACCAUAGGUUCGUGGUCGCUUUCGAGUUUAAUUAUCACGAUGAUUAUUUUGGUGGGAUUUCGCCUUUUUUUAUGUAUAUAGUUACGGUACGUCAAGAAUGAAUAAAACUACACAGCUUUCAGUCGAGUUUUAGUUAUUUGUUGUUGUUUGUGCCAGUGGCGAUAAAAGUUUCGCCCGCUCGACGCGACCCCUCAUUGGCGACGAACGCCCCGCCCCCCAAUCCCGCACGAUCGUAGCGCUCGCUGUGACGCGCUGUGAUUGGUCCGGGGCGCGUAGCGCAUCUUGCGCCGUCCAACGUUAACGUCGCUCGCGUGCGAUCGCAUAAAUACGCGUGUUAUCGCUGCUGACCGCUUACUCUGCACCUGCACUCCGCUUCGGUAGCACGCAUUCUCUAGUUUCUUAUCUCGUCAUAAUAACUACACAGACAUGCCGACCGAUUGUGGUGCCACCAAGAAGAAGUACGCCAUGGACGGCGUCAACCUUCUUCUCGCUCAGCACCUGAUCGACGUUGAGC